AACUAAUAUUAGGGCUUACAGACACCAAAAUAACGAAUAUUCUAUCUAGGGCAUAUUCAGCGGCAUCGUCUGGCUAUGGCGCCCCACGCUCUCGACUCCAUUCCUACAAUCGAUGUGGAGCCACUGGUGAGGCGAUUCGAUGAUCCCGGCCUUGGCGCUUUUCCGGAUGUGAGAGACGUGAUCGAGCAGCUCGAUCACGCUUGCAGGAACAUUGGCUUCUUCUACGCGACAGGCCAUGGCGUCUCUCGGGAGCUUAUGGACGACGUCCGGAGUUUAAGCCACGAAUUUUUCAAGCUUCCAGACUGUGAGAAAAUGCGAAUCAAGAUGACUCCUUCCAGCGGCUAUCGGGGAUACCAAAAGCUUGGAGAAAACGUAUCGUAUGGCAUGCACGACUGUCACGAAGCCAUUGAUUACUUUCGAGAAUUUGGACCAGAGAUCCAGGAUCUAGAACUCGCAAAAACGGUGAUGGGUCCAAACCAAUGGCCAGAGAAUCCAAAGCGUUUUCGUGCAGUGAUGGAGGAUUACGUUGAUCAAUUGCGAGGAUUGUCAAAGGCGAUAUUGCGAGGGGUAGCACUGGCUUUGGGUGGCGAAGCUGACACUUUUGAGGGCUCCAGAGCUGGGGAUCCAUUCUGGAUACUGCGAGUCAUUGGUUAUCCUCCGAAAGAUUCACUGGAGAGUCCAGAAAGUUUUGGAAUAGGAUGUGGUGAACAUACUGACUACGGUCUGCUUACUCUUGUCAAUCAAGAUCCUGAAAUUCCUGCUCUACAGGUGAAAAACUCCUCAGGAAAGUGGCUGUGGGCGGAUCCUGUGCCAGGAACGUUUGUUGUCAACAUUGGUGACAUGCUAAAAAUCUGGAGCAAUGGAUUAUAUCAGCCUACUCUUCACAGAGUGCUCAACAGUGCCAUGGAUUUCAGAAUUUCCGUGCCAUUUUUCUACGAGCCAAAUUUCGAUACAAAGGUGGAGCCUUUAAGUUUUUGUCUUGGAAACUCUAAAGAGGAGGAGAAGCCAGUCGUCUACGGUGAACAUCUCGUGAAAAAAGUCCUCACAAACUUUGCUUGAGAAAGCUGGGGUUUUUGUCCCUCCGAUUGAUCCAAAGCUCCCUCGAUCUUGCCACAGAAAAUUCGAUCCCAAAUCAGUAGAAGUAUCCCAAAA